AUGCGGGGUCAGUAUGUCCAUUUCAAGCCACGGGGGGAUCCGUCUGUUCUCUCCCGGCGGUACAAGGUGAUAGCGGUGGCGGCCGGGGGGGUCGCCAUAUUCUACUUCACGCACCUUGAAGACGUCCCCUACACACACAGGCGGCACGCAGUCUUCGUGUCACCCGAGACUGAGAAAGUUCUCGGCCUGCAGACCUUUGAGCAGGUCAAGGCAGAGGCGAAAGCUGCUGGGAAGCUUCUGCCGCAGCAUCACCCGGCGGUGCAGUCGGUGCGGCGCAUCGGCGAACGCAUCGCGGCAAAUGCAGAACAUCCCGGCGGCGGCGGCCGCACUGAUCACAUGAAGGACCUGAAGUGGGAGUUUAUGGUCAUCGACGAGCCGGGCAACGUAAACGCAUUUGUCAUGCCGGGCGGGAAAGUGGUCGUGUACACUGGGCUGCUGCGAUUGCUGCGGAAAGAAGAUGAAAUUGCAGCGGUUCUGGGCCACGAAGUCGCGCACGUGCUUGCCCGCCACAUUGGUGAGAAGCUGUCGAGCGCUGCGCUGUACACGAUGCUUCAGAUUGUUCUGGCGCUGACGCUUGGCUUCAACAUCCCCUCUGACCUCUUCCAGGUCGCUGUCUUCCUGCCCAACUCCAGGCAUGGCUCCUCUGAACCUGUUACCCCGCUGCUGCAACACUAUGGCAAUCAUUAUUUCCUGGCCCAGUGGAAGCAGGAGACGGAGGCUGAUGUCAUUGGCAUCCACCUGUCAGCGCGCGCCUGCUUCGACCCCACCGCCGCCGUCGAUGUGUUCACAAAACUGGGCGAGGCAGAAAAGAGCGCCGGCAUCAGUACACCGGGCUUCCUGAGGACGCACCCUCUCUCCCAGAAACGAGUGGAGGCCAUAAAGAAGAAUUUGCCAAAGGCGCUGGAGGACUAUGAGCUGGCCGGCUGCAAUGCGCCGCGCGGUUAUUUCCCCUGGUGA